AUUUUCUAAUCCAAUAAAUAUGUCCGACAGGCCUGAAAUAAUAAGUCACCCAGAAUCUUCAGAAAACGAAGAACUAAAAGCACCAGAACAACAAAACUCUCCAACUCCAAACAUAACCAAAGAAAUUACCUCCAAUCCUGACGACCUCAGCCAACUAACGCCUAAAAACUCUUCACCAGGCAGUGGAACUCCUUCACCCUCUCAAAGUCCCAAACCCUUCCUCAAUUCGCCCCGCUCUUCACAAAAAUCAUCUCCCUCAAAACAACAGGAGAUCCAAGAAAUGCUUCAAGAAAAUGAAGAAGAGCCAAAAUCCGAGACUCCUGAUAAAAAGUCUGAAAAUGACUACCAAAUGCCAGAAGAAGACAAAAGCGAGAAAUCCCAUGGAAAGGAAGAUGAUGAGAAAUCCGAGCAGUACCAGGUAGUCCAGGAGAUGCAAGAAGUCAGUGCCGAAGAGGAUGAAGAUCCCCAGGAUGAUAAGGAUAAUAACAGUAAUAAGAGCAGUACUAAAUAAGCGAGAAAUUAAGGAAGAAGAGAAGCAACAGGAGGAACAACAAGAACAGAUACCAGAAUCUUCGACAUUAGAAAAUAAGAAGGAGUUGAAAAAGCCAUCGUUCUAUCAAGGCAAGCCUCAUUCAGACAAAAAGUUAGCUAUUAAGAGACAGCAUCCUCCUGAAAUGUCUAGGAAGCCCUAUCAGCCUCAAGAUAGGUCUUGUUUCGCUCCGAAACCUGAACUCAAGCAAGUUAAUAUCAGGUACACGGCUUCUUACCCUAAGCGUCCUGCUGAGAACUAUGACUGGGAGAAGGACCAGGCAGAAAACAAGCAGAAGAAAGAACUCAUAAAAGAGAUCGAAAAGGAGAAGGAAAAGUCUAAAAUUAUAGUAAAAGACUCUGUAAAAUCCCUCAUCAAGAAGAAAUUAGAGGCGAAUUCAUUGAAAAAAGCUUCUGGAAGUAUUCUGGUUUACUUAGAAGCAGCUCUAGUCAAGUUUUAUACGAAGAAACUUGACUCACUGAAGAACAUUGUGAAUAUCACAGAGAAAAUGAAUGAGAUCAAUCAGGAGUACCAUAAGCCAACUGUGAAGACUAGUGAGACUUUCAAAUGGUGAGACACUGAAAUGAUCUGCACUAACGACAUGAAGUCCAUGCUCUCACAAGUCGACGAGAAACGAAACCAGAUCAACAAGGAAAAGCGUGAAAGAGUUAAGGAACUCAGAGAACUUGAAAAUCAAAGAACGAAGAACCGCAAGAGAGGUAGAAAAAGAGCAAGGGAUCUAGAUGAAGAAAAUAAGGAAUCAGAUGAAGAUAUGGAUGAUGACUUUGAUUCAGGAGACGAUGAUAACCCAAAUCUUAAGGCUCCAGGCCUUAUGAAAUCUGGCAGCAAGGCUAAUAUGAUCACCUCGAGCAAUAUUUUCGACCAUCUGUUUGAAGGUGACAAUGAGAAGACUAGGGUAGAUGUCGCAGGACCAAGAAUGUCAACAUUAGAGCAUUUUGUUAAUAAAAAUCCAUCUUUUAAUGCUUCAAAGACAACUAGUGAUCCUACAUUAUUGGUAAAACAAGACUCUUUCAAGUCUCAGAAUGAACCAAUGAAGAUAAUUAAAGAAAUCACGAUAAAGAGAAAACAUUUGGUCUUUAUGCUUGAAAAUGAUCCGAAAUAUUGCAACUCAAAUUUGUUGUACAAUUGAUAUUUGGGUUAA